CACCCCUUCUUUCCUUCCUCCCAUCACUAUUCGUUGUUUGUUUCCAUUCCCAUGCAUUCCUAAUUCCUCCUCUCUUUUUAUUCUUAAUUAAUUAAUUAAAUUCCCAAUCACCAUUUUCCCCUUUUCCGUUUCCUCGCUCCUGUUCCUAUCUAUCCUUCACUAAAAUCUCGUGAUUCGUCUCUCCUGCCGCAAACUCCUGUCUUUUCGCUGCUAAACAAACACGCCCGCCCGCCCGCCCCGAGUAUCAACAUACUCUUACGACUAUGUUGUCCUAAAAAUAUCUAGCAAAUGACGUCACUUCGCGGCGAUUUUCCCGGCACCAUUGUACUGACACUCCUCAUCAACUGUGUGGUGCUUCUCCACUCUCCCGUCAGCGUCUCCGCCGCUCAAUUUGAUUUCAGCACGUUAGCCAUAUCCAGCCUGAAGCUAAUCGGGGAUGCCCACAUGCUCAACGGGAGCGUGAGGCUAACUGGCGACCUGACUGUCCCCAACUCCGGCGCCGGGAAAGUCUUGUUUUCGAAACCCGUCAGGUUCCUCCAGCCUGGGUCUCAGAAUCCAGUGAGCUUCUCUACAUUCUUCUCAUUCUCGGUUACUAAUUUGAAUCCGUCCUCCAUUGGUGGCGGUCUAGCGUUUAUCAUCACGCCGGACGACGUUGCGCUGGGCGACGCCGGAGGAUACUUGGGGAUCAUGGACUCAGAGGGUGCCCAAGCCGGCGUCGUCGCCGUCGAAUUCGACACUCUGAUGGACGUUGAGUUCAAGGACAUCAAUGGGAACCACGUGGGUUUGGAUCUGAAUUCCAUGGUGUCAGCUGAAGCAAGCGACUUGGAUGCCGUCGGCGUGGAUCUCAAGAGCGGUGACUUGGUUAACUCGUGGAUCGACUACUCCGGGUCAACCCGGAUACUGAAUGUAUUUGUAUCCUACUCCAAUCUCAAACCGAAAGAGCCGCUGCUAUCAACCACCCUUAAUCUUAACGAGUACGUGAAUGAUGUCAUGUUCGUCGGGUUUAGUGGGUCGACUCAGGGGAGCACUGAGACUCAUAGCAUUGAAUGGUGGAGUUUCAGUUCAUCAUUCGACGUAAAUUCCAAGUCUAACUCCCCGUCAGCAAUGUCAUCACCGCCGCCACCGCCGCCGCCCGGGAACAACGUCAACUCAACGUCCCCUGCCUUAGCUCCAUCGCAGUCUAACAACGCCAGUAGCAGUACAGCCUUGCACGAGAAGAGCAGCAGCAAGUGUCACAACCAAUUGUGUAAACAAGGCCCAGGGGCCGUUGUUGGGGUGGUCACGGCUGGUGCUUUCUUUCUGGCAUUAUGUGCAUUGCUUCUGAUAUGGGUUUACUCCAAAAAAUUCAAGCACGUAAAAAAUUCCGAGACAUUGGCUAAAGAUAUCAUCAAGAUGCCCAAGGAAUUUAGCUAUAAGGAGCUCAAGCUUGCGACCAAAGGAUUUGAUUCUACGCGGGUUAUUGGGCACGGCGCGUUCGGGACGGUGUAUAAGGGUAUACUGCCGGAUAGCGGCGACAUUGUUGCGGUGAAGAGAUGUAGCCAUAGUGGGCAGGGGAAGACAGAGUUUUUGUCUGAAUUGUCGAUAAUCGGAACCCUUAGGCAUAGAAAUCUCGUCAGGCUACAAGGUUGGUGCCAUGAGAAGGGUGAGAUUUUGUUGGUCUACGACUUGAUGCCCAAUGGGAGUCUUGACAAGGCAUUAUUCGAGUCGAGGAUGGUUUUGCCGUGGGCUCACAGGCUGAAGAUUUUGUUAGGCGUUGCUUCUGCCUUGGCCUAUUUGCAUCAAGAAUGCGAAAAUCAGGUGAUUCACAGGGACAUUAAGAGCAGUAACAUAAUGUUAGACGAAGGGUUCAAUGCUAGAUUAGGAGAUUUUGGGCUGGCGAGGCAGGUUGAGCAUGACAAAUCUCCCGAUGCUACGGUGGCUGCGGGAACGAUGGGUUACUUGGCUCCCGAGUAUUUGUUAACCGGGAGGGCUUCUGAUAAAACGGAUGUUUUUAGCUACGGAGCGGUGGUGCUGGAGGUGGCCAGUGGGAGGAGGCCCAUCGAGAAAGAAGCAAGUGGGGUGGGGAAAGUUGGGGUGGGGAGCAAUUUGGUGGAAUGGGUGUGGAGUUUGCACAAAGAAGGGAGGCUGUUGACGGCGGCUGAUUCGAGGAUUUGCGGAGAGUUUGAGGAGGCGGAGAUGAGGAGGGUGCUAUUGGUGGGGUUAGCUUGCUCUCACCCGGACCCAAUGGCCAGACCUGCAAUGAGGGGUGUGGCCCAAAUGCUGGUGGGCGAGGCGGAGGUCCCAUUAGUCCCCAGAGCAAAGCCAGCCUUGAGUUUCAGCACAUCUCACCUUCUGCUGAACUUGCAGGACAGCGUUUCUGAUUUGAAUGGAUUGCUCACCAUCUCUACCUCCUCGUCGGAUCACAGCUUUAACGGUGAUGGAAUCAACCUCGUUUAAUCAUUAAUGGUGGUGGUGGUUCCUUGGCGGUCAUCUUUGUUGUUGUUGUUGUUAUUAUUAUUAUUAUUAUUAUUUCACUUA